AUGCCUAUCACUGGGCUACCAUCUGCUUCAAUCCCUCAACCAUAUCGAGUGCAUCCUUCCGAAUCCUCCAGCGAAGAUGAUAAAUUACUGGCUGAAGUGUAUGGAUCUCAAGCACUUCCAUCUGAUGUUCCAACUGUUGAGGCAACUGCUCAUCCUGAUUCCACAAAUUUCAAAAUUCGAGAGAUUUCGAAUAUUAUUGGAAGCUCGUCUGCAAAUGUUUCUGAUUCUAGCCACUCUGUGACUCCGGUUCAAUCCCCAACCAAAGAAACAAGCCGGUCAAAAAGUAAGAAUGUCCCGGUAAAGGUUGUUGUUGAGAGCAGUGAUGAUAAUGCUGAUGUGGAUCAGCCUGAGAAGAAGAGAAAAUCGAGUGAGACUGUUAAGCCUGAAGGAAACCCGCCUAUUCAAAAAGUGUUCAAGACUCUGCGAUCGUCUAUUAAGCAAAAAGGAUCUGCUGCUGUUCAAGCUACCUCUGUACCAGCCCCUUCUAUCAGAAAGGGGAAGCCAUCCACACGAUCAAGAGGUCGAAGUAUAACCCCUGAGGUCCCACCUGUUGAAGAAACUGAACCAUCUGUUUACCGGCCUCAGUUUGUAUCUCCUGCUGCACAGACCAAAUGGGCCACUAUGGUUAGAAGGGAUCUUAUUGUUCAAAGAUCAGUGGACGAGAACCAGCUGAACUCUGUUUGUGACAUUCUGCCCUUGCUGAAUGAAGUCGGACUGUUGAAAACUGUCACGGACAUCUGCCCUUAUUCUAAGCUGCUCACAUAUGAAUUCUAUUGCAAUCUCAGUAAUGAGAUUGACAUUCUCACAGGGCCACGACCGAUGCAGAUCUUUAUCAGAGGAAGGUGGUAUGUUUUUGGGCCGGAUAUGAUAAAUGAAUACUAUGGCUUGCCAGCUGUUCAAGAAGAAGCUGUUACUGACUGGGACUUAGUUGCCAGAACUCUGACUGGUGGGCAGACAGAAUCAUGGCCUACGGGUGACAAGGACUAUCUCCAAAGCUCUCAUCUCACGUCAAUAUGUGAUUUUACACCGCCUAGCUCUUCACAACUGGCUCCCAUCAGCCCAUUUCCACACCGUUGGCAAGCUUCUGGCUGGGUUCUUAUUUCGAAUUGGAACAAAGAUGCAACUUGA